UUCAGGGAAUAUUCCGGCUUUGAGGCAGGCGUUGUACAUGUUCAGCAGUACUGCCGGUCGCUCUGCAGCGAUUAUUUUCAGGACUUCUGCUGGAAUCCCGUCCAGGCCGGGUGAUUUGUUGGCCUUAAGCCUACCAGUGUGUAGUUGCAGCUCUUCGAGGGUAAAAUGGGGAAUUUUCGGAGAUCUUAGAGUGUAUUUCGGAUCAGAUUUUGGUUGUUUGUGCUGUUGCCAUUGUUGUUUUCUAUUUAUUUUAUUUAUAACUUAAUCCAGCUUUAAAUAUAAGAAAGAUGUUUUCAACUUAACCUCAAAACUUGUUGAUUUGCAUUCAAAAGUAGUAGAGAAAGGUACAAUAUUACAACACCUUAACCGUUUCCAAUACUGCAAAGCUUUUAAAAUUUUGAAAGCAAAGAGAAACAAAUCAAGGGUGCCAAAAAAUAAAAAAAAAACAUGUCAUCUACAUUUGAAUUCGAAAAAGAAAAACCGCAAAAUUUAACUUUAGUUAAGAAUUUUUUCAAAUUUCUUAUAUUGCAAUUUCUACAUUUGUGCCAAAAAAUGUUUCCCACCAAAUUAUUUAGUAACGACUCUUUGCCAAGCCUGCAAGGUUCGCUCUUCUCACUCAAUUCUGUCUAUUCGAAUACCUUUAGUCCGACUGGCACACGAAUGGAACUGUAUCCACGUCGACGUCACACCGAGUUCUACUAUGACCCCCAACCGAUGGAGGAGUAUCAGAGUCGCGCCUGUGAGCAUCCGCAAGACAAAUUACAACACAAAGCACAUGGCUCGAAAUUUGACUUGGAACCCAUUAACGAGGAGUCGCCAAAGUUGCGCAUCAAUCCGCCGAAGAACUCGGAUAUGCGCAUGUUUCGUAACAGUUACUUCUCGUGAGCUCCCUGUACGAAUGACAAGUGGGGUAGAGCGUUUUUGUUGUGUUGUGGGGAGUUGAGUGCGUGCUGAGCGAGUAAGCGCUUUGUUUGUGUGCAACUGUAAAUCCUUUGAAGUGCUUUGAA